GGCAGGAGCCGACGCGAGGGGAGGGUAGAGCGGCGGUGGGGCUAGCGAGCCGGUGGGCGGUAGGUAGCAGCAUGCUCCUCGGCCCCCGCGAACAGCCUCUUGGCUCUGCGGGAACAGCUCUAGGCUCCUGAGGCGAAAAGCGCUCAGCCUCCGGUCCCGGUCUGUCUGCGCUCUCGCCUUCUCGGACCGCCCCUGAGCCCAGCGGCCGCGAGUCCCGUGAGCGUCUCCGAACAGCGGCGGCACCUAGCCAGUACAGGGUCCUUGCCGUUACCAUGAGCCCUACAGCCACCUGAGGCACUGGGGGCGCUGCGCCACGCGGACCGCGCCCCCGACGUUCUGAGCCCUGGUCUCUGCACUGCAGGGCGCUCAAGCCCAGCUCCAGCGAAGUGUCACCGGAAAAUCGUCAGGGUUGGGGCAAUGGAACAGGAGGCGACAGCGGAUCAGACCCGGGCGGCAGCCUCCAAGCUGUCAGAGGCGAUGGGCGCGGCGCUGCAGGAGCCCCGGCGGCAGCGGCGCCUGGUGCUGGUCAUCGUGUGCGUGGCGCUGUUCCUGGACAACAUGCUGUACAUGGUCAUCGUACCCAUCGUGCCCGACUACAUCGCCCACAUGCGUGGAGACAACGAGAAACCCACCCAGGCCCCCGUAGUAUGGGUGUCCACGCUGUCGCCGCCUAUCCCAACCAAUGCCAGUAUCGGCACCCUCAACAUUUCAGAAUCUUCCACGACGGCCACGAAGCCAGCUAGGUCUGCCCUGCGGCCCCGCUAUCCCACGGAAAGCGAGGACGUGAAGAUCGGGGUGCUGUUUGCCUCCAAAGCCAUCCUGCAGCUGCUGGUAAACCCCCUGAGCGGGCCUUUCAUCGAUCGCAUGAGCUACGAUGUGCCGCUGCUUAUCGGCCUGGGCGUCAUGUUCGCCUCCACUGUGCUGUUCGCCUUCGCCGAGGACUAUGCCACCCUCUUUGCGGCGCGCAGCCUGCAGGGCCUGGGCUCGGCCUUCGCAGACACGUCGGGCAUUGCCAUGAUAGCCGACAAGUACCCCGAGGAGCCGGAGCGCAGUCGCGCGUUGGGCGUGGCUCUGGCCUUCAUCAGUUUCGGAAGUCUAGUGGCACCGCCCUUCGGGGGCUUCCUUUACCAGUUCGCAGGCAAGUGCGUGCCCUUUCUGGUGCUCGCCGCCAUUUCGCUGCUGGACGCUCUGCUGCUGUUGGCGGUGGCCAAGCCCUUCUCGGCCGCGGCACGGGCAAGGGCCAACCUGCCGGUGGGCACGCCCAUCCACCGCCUCAUGCUGGACCCCUACAUCGCCGUGGUGGCCGGCGCGCUCACCACCUGCAACAUCCCACUCGCCUUCCUUGAGCCCACUAUCGCCACGUGGAUGAAGCGCACGAUGGCAGCGUCUGAGUGGGAGAUGGGCUUGGCCUGGCUGCCCGCCUUUGUGCCGCACGUGCUGGGCGUCUACCUCACCGUGCGCCUGGCAGCGCGCUACCCUCACCUGCAGUGGCUGUACGGGGCACUAGGACUGGCAGUGAUCGGCGUCAGCUCAUGUGUGGUGCCCGCCUGCCGCUCCUUCCCACCACUAGCGAUAUCUCUCUGCGGCCUUUGUUUCGGCAUUGCGCUGGUGGACACAGCGCUGCUGCCCACGCUCGCCUUUCUCGUGGAUGUGCGCCACGUCUCGGUCUAUGGCAGCGUCUACGCCAUCGCUGACAUCUCCUAUUCCGUGGCUUAUGCGCUCGGGCCCAUAGUGGCAGGCCACAUCGUGCACUCGCUCGGCUUUGCGCAGCUUAGCCUUGGCAUGGGUCUGGCCAACCUGCUCUAUGCGCCCAUCCUCCUGCUGCUGCGCAAUGUGGGCCUCUUGACGCGCUCCCGUUCUGAGCGCGACGUCCUGCUGGAUGAGUCCCCUCAGGGUCUGUACGAUGCCAUGCGCCUGCGUGACCGCCCAGUGUCCAACCCGGAUGGGGCACCUUGCAGCCCACCUGGCCCCUUUGAGGAGUGCGAGGACGACUACAAUGACUACUACACCCGCAGCUAGCAGCCCGGCUCCUCCUCUAGGCAACCCACCCACUCUCCAUCUUCCAGGUCAAGGUGGCUGCUGUGUGAGUGCACUGGCCAGCUCAGGCUCAAAGCCUGGCCUCUCCAGCGAGUACUCCAGUGCCUCCCCUGUCUUUUCUUCCCCUGCCCGAGUCCCCUCUUCAUGACUCUCUCCCUUUCUCCAAUGGGGCAUGGAGCACCGAGGCAUGCCAAGUGAUGCGCUCCUGACACAGAUGAAGAGGUGCGUGGGCCCCCACCUUGGGGCUCCCCUUUCUAGAUAGCCAUGCUAUAUCUGUCUGUCCUACUUUUUGUUCCUCCCAGUGCCAACUUGGCCCACUGCACCGCAGUGCCUCUAGCCCGAAUCAAUAAACCAUAUC